AUGAAGGUUGCUUCAAUUGUGAAUCCACAUCAUACACAUGAGUUGGAAGGCUUAUCAGGAGAAGAUUGUUGGUCAAUAAUUAAAGAAAAAACAUUUGGGAAAAAAGAUGUUCCAUCAGAAUUUGAGACUAUUGGGAGAAAAAUUGCAAGAAGGUGUCAAGGUUUGCCAUUAGCUGCCAACGUAGUUGGGGGAGUUCUGUGCAAUGAACUUGAGGAAAAAUGGCGUUCGAUCGAGGAGAAAUGGCUUUCAGCCGAUGAAGGAGGAGAAAAUAUCACAAAAUUAUUGAGACUGAGCUUCGAUAAUUUGUCAUUGCCGUCACUUAAGAAGUGCUUCGCAUACUGUGCGAUGUUUCCUAAAGGCUCCGGAAUCAUCAAACAAGAACUGAUUGAGAUGUGGAUGGCAGAAGGUUUUCUUCAAGCUGAUGAAAGGGAUGACAUGGAGUCCGUGGGCGAAAAAUUUAUCAACGUUCUUCUGCACAACUCUUUAAUGCAAGUUUCAAAGAGAGAUGAUGACGGAAAUGUAGAAAGUUGUGGCAUGCAUGAUCUUGUGCACGAUCUCGCUUGUUCUGUUUCAAGUUCGUCUAACAGUACAGGUGGUAGCAGCCGAGUUCGAUACAUGAUUCUCGAAGAAGACGGAUCAAGUCAUAUCUCAAAAGAAACGGCAAAAUCUUUGCGUACAUUACUAAUAAAAUCCAAAGGUGAUAUUUCUGGUAUCAACUUCUCAGACUACGAAAGUCUACAUGUUUUACGUCUUGAUAAUGGAGUGGAAGAGUUGUCAAGUUCGAUUCGAAAGUUGAUACAUUUGAGAGAUUUUGACAUUUCAAAGACAGAAAUUGAAGUUUUGCCGGAUUGGAUUGGUGAAUUCUUUCACUUGCAGACGUUGAGAGUAGACUCGUCAGAUUACAGAAUUAGGAUAAAACUGCCAAGUACGAUUAAGUACUUGAUUAACUUGAGGCAUCUUUAUAUUAAUGAGGAGGUAGAGUUGCCUAUGGGAAUUGGGAGAUUAACUUCUCUCCAAACGCUAACCCACUUUCCAGUGGGCGACGAGAAUGGCUGCAAAAUUGAAGAGCUCGGAAGUUUGGUUAAUCUUAAAGGAGAGGUAAGGAUUCACAAUCUGGAAAGGGUUGAUGACAAGGAAAAGGCUAGGAAAGCCAAUUUAUUCAAAAAGUCAAAAAUAUUGAAGUUGUGUUUGACAUGGAAUAGAGGCAGAAGAGAAGGUGAAAGAAAUGAUGAGGAUGUAUUGGAAGGCCUUCAACCUCACUCACAUCUGAGGGAGUUACAGAUUAGGCGAUUCAAAGGCAAAAGAUUUCCAUUAUGGACUGAGAAGAUGGCAGUUCGAGAUGCGCCUCAAGGCUCUUGGGUGCUACUUAACAACUUAACGGCGUUAUAUCUCUUUGAGUGCAAAAAAUGUGAAGAGAUCCCAAUGUUGGGGCACUUGCCCAAUCUCAAGUCCCUUGGGUUGUGGGGAUUGAGCAAUGUGAAGUGUAUAAAUUCAUCAUUCUAUGGAAUGGUGAACAAGGACACACGCAUUGUUUUUCCAGCUCUCGAGAGGUUUGAAUUGCGGGAAAUGCCUAAGCUGGCAGAGUGGGCAGAAAUAGAAAUUUCGGAUGGAAGUGAAGUGAAGCUAUUUCCUCGCCUCCAACAUUUGGGAAUUAUGCAUUGCGAGGAAUUGAUGAGUGUUCCAAGUCAUGUCUCGUCAUGCCUUCAAUGUCUGGAAAUUGAGAACAUCGGUGUGGAAUGUCUGCCAGCUGAUUGGUUAUUGAGUAACAGCGAGACUCUAUUGGAGUUGGAAAUAAGGGACUGCCCGAAUUUGAGAGAAAUAUCAGAUAGGUGGGGAGAAGAAGAAUCAGAAGGAAGAAGCUUCACAAUCACAUCCCUCCCUAAAUUCCCUCGUCUAACAUAUUUGGUAAUCGAAGGUGUUCCUAAGUUGAGUUUGGAGACUGUGGAUGCAAUGCGGCGCCUCCAAAUUCAUGGAUUCAAACGCAUUAACCCGUGA